CAGCAGCAGCAGCAGCAGCAGCAGCAGCAGCAGCAGCAGCAGCAGCAACGUCUCGGGGCCCCCCUCGAACCGCCUUUCGCCGCCGCCGCCGUUGGCUCGUGCCUGCUGGGCUGCCACUUCUCAGACGGGGAGGACGACGAAGAGAGCAAGGAGCAGCAGCCCUUCCUGACCUCUAUGGCGGCAGCAAAGAGCCAAGGGGACGAGGGGUUCUCCCCCGGCAGCUACGUGCAGGCGGUGCUGCGGGGCACCUGCGAGCCCAAAGGCCUGGUGGAGGAGGCAGAGUCGGCGCGGGACUCGGGAACCGGCAAGGAGCCCGCGGAGGAGGCGUCGGAGCGUCCCAAGGCGCGCAGCCGGAGGAAGCCGCGGGUGCUCUUCUCGCAGGCGCAGGUAUUCGAGCUGGAGAGGCGCUUCCAGCAGCAGCGCUACCUUUCCGCUCCUGAGCGGGAGCUCUUGGCCAGCAGCCUCAAGCUCACGUCCACGCAGGUCAAGAUCUGGUUCCAGAACCGGCGCUACAAGUGCAAACGGCAGCGGCAGGACAAGGCUCUAGAACUGGGCGGCCCGGCGUCUGGGGCGGCCCAGCAGUCUCCAGCGCCGCCGCCGCCGCCGCCGCCGCCGCCACGCAGGGUGGCGGUGCCGGUGCUAGUGAGGGACGGCAAGCCAUGCCUGGGCGGCUCGCAGGCCUACAGCGCACCCUACAACGCUUCCGCCGCCUCCUACCCGUACAACGGAUUCCCCAAUUAUGCCUACAGCGGUUCCUCCGCUGCAGCCUACGGCGCCCGCUACAGCUGCAGCUACCCCGCGGGCGACAGCGUGGGCCCCUCGGUGCAGCCGCCGGCGGGACCCGACAGGAACAUGGGCGCCUUCCCCAGCGGAGCUCAGCCCCUGCACCAGGGGGGCGCCGGCUCUUCCUGCACUCAGGGCAUCCGGGCCUGGUAGGCAGCGCAGCUCCUCCGCAGCCACUCGGCGGCCUGGCUGGGACGCUUUGGGGAGAAAGUGAGCGACGUCCGGAGAAGCGGUCUCCCAGCGAAGUGGGAGGGUGGCCUUCCCCCGCGGCUGGGCUCCAGCACUUCGUCCACUCUCGGAGCCUAGCCGGAUGCCCGGGCCGCCGCGACCAAGGACAGAUUCUCUACUUGGACUCCCCCAGGGGAGAGCGCCCGCCGGCUUCCACAAUGGCUCUGAAGGGGUCGGGUGGGGUCAGGUGCGGCCCCCGGAGACGCCACGCUCCGCGCCUGGGCGGUAUGGGGAAACGGGGGUCAGGCGCCGCCAAAAGCUGCUUCGCUUGUACAAAGCAAAGGCCGCCUCCCUCGACCCCAUCCCCCUAUCAGUUUAUUACGUGUAUCGAUGUAGCCACUACUGCGAGGAGUUAAAGGAUUCAAUAAUAAACCAGGUGCAAUAACGAGAUCUGGCUUUGCUGUGGCGAGGCCGGGAACC